AUGAGUCGUCUAAUCAAUGCAUCUGCCUCAACUUUGAGAUUAAUGGGAAAGUCAACUUGCUCAAGAGUGUUGGCUAGCAAUCCUAAACCAUUGACAAGCAAUUACACUUUAAAACGGUCAUUGGCUACUGCUGAGCCUCCAGCCGAGUCUACUGCUGAACCUGUUGGUGAUGGAAGUGACUUAGUAUCAAUCACCUUACCAGAAUCCUCCUUUGAAGUGUACGAUUUGGAGAGCCCAUCAUUGGAAUUUGAAACUGAAAAAGAGACCUUGUUGCAGAUGUACAAGGAUAUGAUUGUUAUCAGAAGAAUGGAGAUGGCAGCAGAUGCUUUGUACAAGGCAAAAAAGAUUAGAGGUUUCUGCCACUUGUCUGUUGGUCAAGAAGCUGUUGCUGUUGGUAUUGAAAAUGCAAUUAACCACCAGGAUACAGUCAUCACAUCUUAUAGAUGUCACGGUUUUGCUCAUAUUAGAGGUGCUUCAGUUAAAUCCAUCUUGGCUGAAUUGAUGGGAAGAAGAUCAGGUAUCUCUUACGGUAAGGGUGGUUCCAUGCACAUGUUCACCAAAGGAUUUUACGGUGGUAACGGUAUCGUCGGUGCUCAAGUUCCAUUGGGUGCUGGUUUGGCUUUUGCACAGAAAUACAAAGGAGAAAAAUCCGUCUGUUUCGAUCUCUAUGGUGAUGGUGCUUCUAACCAAGGCCAAGUGUUUGAAGCAUUCAACAUGGCCAAGUUGUGGAACUUGCCCGUGAUUUUUGUUUGUGAAAACAAUAAAUACGGUAUGGGUACUGCUGCCGCCAGAAGUUCUGCCAUGACUGAAUACUACAAGAGAGGUCAAUACAUUCCUGGUUUGAAAAUCAACGGUAUGGACGUGUUGGCUUCUUACCAAGGUGCUAAAUUUGCCAAGGACUGGGCAUCUCAAGGUAACGGACCAUUAGUUUUGGAAUAUGAAACUUAUAGAUACGGUGGUCAUUCAAUGUCAGACCCUGGUACCACUUACAGAACCAGAGAAGAAGUUCAACACAUGAGAUCUCGUAAUGACCCAAUUGCCGGAUUAAAGGCCGUCUUGUUGGACAAAAACAUUGCUACUGAGGAUGAAGUCAAGUCAUACGACAAGGCUGCUAGAAAAUAUGUGGAUGAGCAAGUUGCUGCUGCCGAGGCCGACGCCCCACCAGAAGCCAAAAUGGACAUCUUGUUUGAAGACGUUUAUGUUAAAGGUUCAGAAAUUCCAGUGUUGAGAGGAAGAAUCUCUGACGAUUCAUGGGAUUUCAAGAAGAAUGACUUUUUGAAUAAGGUAUACUAA